AGACGGACGCCGAGCCAGAGCAGCUCCAUUCAGCAAAGAUGACCCUGAACUUCCAGAACGACGCUUUUUGCUCGUACGUUUUCUACUCGGCGCUCCUACUGGUUAAGAUGUUCGCUGUCGCGAUCCUGACUGGCCAAGUUAGGCUUCGCAAUAAGGCUUUCGCUAACCCCGAGGAUUCCCAGAGACACGGAGGCCUGAAGUUCUACCGGACCGACCCAACCGUGGAGCGUUGCCGAAGAGCUCAUCGCAACGACAUGGAGUGCAUCUUCCCGUUCCUAUUCCUGGGCGUUGUCUACUGCCUCCUGGACCCCAGCCCUUCCAUAGCCAGGAUCCACUUCCGCAUCUUCUUCCUGGCCCGAGUGGUCCACACAGUGGCUUACCUCUUCGCCCUGAAGGCCCCCACCAGAUCGCUGGCCUACACUGUCGGGCAGGUCCCCUGCUUCUCCAUGGCCCUGAAGAUUCUGAUCAACGUUGCCUCCUACUGGUGAGCGCUGGAGGUGCUUGUGUUGGCGUUCUAACAAGUACCUGCUGGGAAGAUGACCUCCUUCAACCCAGCCCCUGUGAUGUGUGAAGACUGUGGCUCGCAAAGGAGAGCAUUAAACUCAAAGACAUCUCCAGGAAACCAUUGAGAUGGCAUCUGUAAUCCAAUGCUCAUCACUGAGUUACUAUGUCCUUUGUAUAAGGUUGCACUGGGUACGUUGGCGUGUACUAUUAUGGUCUAUUCACCUAAUAAUUCAUUAUAUAUUUGUUUGCGACUGCUCAUAUUUAAGUUGACGUUAAGGCUAUUAGUACGUUUGCAGUUGAGUUUGAGUUUAGUUUUUAUUUAUUUUAUUUUAUUUUAGUUAUUCUCAUGUGUUGCCAGAACUAUGAAAUGUUUUCUCUGUGAGAAAUUUUAAAAGGACUGGACAAGCUGGAUGCAGGAAAAAAUGUUCCCAAUGUUGGGCGAGUCCAGAACC